GGGUGGUAAAAUUUGUGUUUUGGAGCUGUGUUUCGACACAUUCUUUUGCAAAUUUUCUCGGCGCUUCGCGCCGCCGAUUUAUACACCAAUCAAUAAGAGAGAAAUAACAGUGACUGUAAUAACACCAACCGUGUCAAAUUGAAUCGGAAUUCAUAUGUGUACUGUGAAGGAACUCCGGCUUGUACUAGCAUGCUAAAAAGGUUGUAAUAUUUGUGUUUUAGAGCUGUGUUUUGACAACUUUUUUUUUGCAAAUUUUUGCGGCGCUUCGCGCCGCCGAUUCAUACACAGGUCAAUAAGAGAGAUCGUGACUGUAUGCUACUAUUUACUAAUGCAUUAGGCUAAAAGUGAGGUAACUAUAUCUACUUCUGGGUUUUUAAGUCGGUCGACCCGCCUCCCCCCCCCCCAGUAAAAAAUCCGUGGCGACGCUCCUAUAUAGGUGGGUUUCACUAACUAAAACUACUGAGCCGAGUGACUUACGAUAAAACUUCAUCUUAUAAACGACGAAGAUCAAAUGUCAUUUUUUGAUCUCGACAUACUCGCUCCCUACCACCCCCCCCCCCCCGGUCGUCAGAAUUCAUUCACCAGACCUGGUAUGUCGGCCGACUGGUGACCCCCCCCAAAACGACCCCCUAGAUCCGCCCUUGACCGAGACGGAGCUGACGGGAGCACCGAGACUGUGACGGGAGCACAGAGACGGAGCUGACGGGAGCACUGAAACGAAGCUGGGCAGGUCAUCCUAAUUCCAAAGGAACAGACCAGUAACACAUACUGAUUCGCUUACACAGCAACUCCGGCGUAGGUAGGUAUACCGCGCUUUGACAAGUACCAGUACCUAUGCAACGAACUUUGGAUAAUUACUUCACGUGAGCAUGCGUGAGCUUUUAAAUCUAAUGGAGACGCCUGCCAUGAUAUCGUUCGGCAUAUUUUUCAAUGUGGUGUGUUUAAAGUGAAUCCUACUGCUUUAGUUGUGUGCUUUGGUGUUUUAUGUUCGCGGCCGUUCAACUGAUAUUCGCGAUGGUUUUUCUUAGGGCGAUGAAAUUAGGAGAUGACGACGUUGAUUGGGAAGUUGAGGCGUCACGACGCUUCUGGCUCGUGGAGCGUGCGAGACCCUCUUAGCCCCACUGGCGCCCAGCUGGCAGCCCGAGGAGCAUGGAGUUCUUGGAGUCUCCGGAUGGUGUGACUGAGCCCUGAGGCUCCCAGAGAGGCGUGGCCGACCGGCUCCGAGGAGCCUGCGAGGAGCGGCGGAGGUGGCUGGGUGUUGGCCCGGUGCCGAGCACGGGCCAACGCAGCCCCCCGGCCGGCGCUGUGUCGCCAUGAACGUCCAGUCGGCACCGCAGGGCAAUAACAUCCAGGUGCAGGGUCUGCAAGGAGGAGUGGCCGGCCGCUGCUCUAACUGCCAGAACGGCGUGCUGACCGACUCGUUCACGCCGUGCGGCAUCGUGCUGGCCAUCUGCUUCUUUCCGCUGGGCCUGCUCUGCUGCUGGAUGAUGCGGGAGAAGCAGUGCAACAUGUGCGGCGCCAAGCCGGCCAUGCAGCCGUAGAGCGGUCGGCGGUCCGGUCGGCGGUCCGGUCGGUCGGCCGGUCGGCGGUCGGCGGUCCGGUCGGUCUCCGGUCGGCGGUCGGCGGUCGGCGGGCCGGUCGGCAGCUGUGGGGACAGAGGGAGAGCCGGGGCCGGCUCGGCGCUGCGGCCGGAGGGACUCUGUGAGAUGAGCUGCGUGGCCGAGGCGGGCUCCGAGCGGCUGACUCUGUCCCCCGCCACCAGCGGCGGCAGCGGUGCAGAGAUGCCGCCAGCGACCAGCGCGGCGGGCCACAGACUGCGUGUUCAGUGAGCUGGCGAGGUGCUCCGGGCCACGGUGUCUGCAGCGGUGUUCACUGUUCAGUGUUCAUGCCAGUAUCGGCUGCCUUAGCGUCAGUGCCGUUCAUCGCUUCAUCGUUUUUAUCUCCCAGACAUGCCUCCCAGUCGCCUACUGAUUCGUUCAUUGCUUCUGAAUGGCACGCGUUCCUAUCUAUGGAUCGUGUGAGUGACUGUCAUUGACAUUGAUAACUGGUCCUUAUUUCCCACGGAGAAGUGCUAAGGUUCUUCUUUGCACAGCAUCCCAAUGCAGUGCCGGGCACCCUUUUUCUUAUAUAUUCCUUCAUUUUAAUUUUUACUAAGUGCAGAACAACCGCGAAAUGACGCUGUCUGUACUUGUAGGAUUGUAUAGGUACCGACCGCAAAUACCAGCAAGGUCCUGUACUUUUCUAUUCGUUUGGUAGCUUACAUGGUUCACUUUCCAUCUGUGUGAGAUUGCCGCAGCUUUUAGAUCGGAUUUUGCACAGCUGUUGGUGUUUGUUCAUUCACAAGCGUUUUAGUGUGUGUGUGUGUCGUAUGGACGAACCAGUAAGCCGCUGGAAGGUUCCCUUCAUGAUAUAUGACUAUAGCCAUUUAAAAUAACUUUAUACCGAUCGCAAGAAAAUCGUGUCACAAGACUUGGUGCUCGUGUUUGCUAGCUGGUUUUUGUAGGUACGUACCUAUUACAUGAUACAGAAAUGCACAUUUUGUUCAAUAAUGUAGUAAAAUUUGGCGGGCCGGGCCAUUAAAACGUCUCUGAUGCGUAAGGGCCCAACCCUUAGCAUUCCCAUUUCGGCCGUGCGCCCGCCACUCGAGCUUCGAUUGCCAAUCGCUUGCAUGUGAAGUGCCGGGGGCCGUGAAUCGUUUACGCUUCUGUCACGUAUUUUAAUACAGACUUUGUUUAUUUCCUAGAA